AAUCAGCUUAGUCAUAGAAAAAUGAUAUGAAAGUGCUUUGUCACUCUUAUAGUGCAGGAUGUUAAUACCAGUGUGUGUGUGAGCACAGCCCGCUGUUUGUAUUGUCUGCCUUAUCAGUUCCUGAAAGUCCUUCCUUCUUUCUUGCUUCGCACCUGUUUGGCUUGACGUCUGCAAUGGAAUUGAGGUUACUGAAUAAUAGGAAGGUAAGGAGGCAGGUAGGGCAAAAUUUCUCUUAGUGGAGAGGCAGAAAUAAUAAUAGCUUCACAGUCCUGUUCAUGUCAGAUGUGCACACAGUGGCUAAAGUAUAGAAACAAAAUAGUGGACAGAAGGAGUACGCUCGUCAGAUGAUUUUAUACAGUGAGACGGAGCUGUUUGGCCAAUUGUGAAACAAAACAAGUCUACGGAAUUUGUUCCAAGGGAACUGGCACAGAAAGAAUUACACAACGUUUACUAAUCUCUAACGGUUCCUUACACAUUUGUACAGAAGACAGCAAGAUGCAGGAACCUGAGGUAUUACCAACAACAACGUCCAAUGCAACCUCGGACAUACCCGAGACAGUUCUUCCUAAAGAAGAGGACCAAGUCUGGGAUGCAGCUCCAGAAUGUUCCAUUUGCUUCACCUCAUAUGAUAACACCUUUAAGACACCUAAAGUUCUGCAGUGCAAUCACACAUUCUGUCUGGAGUGCCUGUCUCGCUUUUUAGCUGUUUCACCAGAUCAGAAAGGCAAACAGAUUAACUGCCCCCUUUGCAGACAACCAACUUCUGUGCCUGAAAAUGGUCCACCAGCCCUGACCACCAGCCAGGAGGUUCUGGGGCAACUGCCCAGCCACCAGCAGCAAGAGGAACAUGUAUGGCUAGAUGGAGAGAGGCUCUGCUACUCAAAUCCAGGGACACCCAAUGGUGUCUGCAUCGACAUUGGGGGUAGCAAGCAACAGAAUGAGAACAGACAGGAGGAAGCAGAGAAUAAUAGGAACAGACGGGGGAAUUGCAUGGGUCUGUUCAAAAGGUGGCAGCGAAUACUAAUCUUCCUAUUGGUGAUGAUCAUACUGAUCAUCAUAGUCAUCUGGCCCAUCCAGUGCGUCUUCAGCCGGGGUUUGACAUCAGGCUGCUUCAGGCAGGACGAGCCCUUGCCGAUCGUCCCUACAGCUUCAACCAGCACAGAUAGGUGAAUGUUUCCAGGACUUAGUUCUUCUGGUGAACCUGCAGUGAGCUUGACUUUCGGAUUUAAAUGCAAACUUACUCAGGAAUAUUCAAAGACAGUGUCAUAGUCAUGUAAUGAUUGCAAUCCCAGUCUUCCACAAUAAUGGAGAUUGCUAUAUCCUGGACAUUAUGUACUCUGCCAUACAGCUUAAGCUGAAGUUUUUGGGAGUUUCAUCUAUAUUUUUCAUUGCAGUCUGAAAAAUAGAAGAUUAAUAUUGCUGCUAAAAUCAAUUGAGCCAAAAAAUCAACACAACACAAAUUGUUAUCGUUAGAUGAGGAGUGCUUUGGUUGAAACCUUAAAUUAGUUUGUCUUUCUGGUCUAGUUAUGACAAAACCUCAGUCAUUUGAAGUUGAUAGCUUUGCUGCUGGAAAUCAAUAUUAUAAUUCAGAUUUUGGACAAAUUUGGAAAAUAAAAAUACAGGUACAGUAAAUGUUGCUAUAUGUAUUAUAAUGUACAGUACACAUACACAAAAAUGUCCUUUUUGCUUUGGAUUGUACUAGAGGUGUUAUGAGCAUUACUAUCCAUUUCACUGUACUUUAAGUAUGACUUAAAAAAAAAAUUAAAAAUAAAAAUUAAUUAAAUAGCUACCCCCAUGGAAAGGUGUACAUAAAAGCAGCACAUAUAUUCACUAUUUUGAAAUGAAGACAGUAAGACGGUAUUCCUAGGAAUGUAUCUGUAUUAUACGCUCUACAUUAUGGUUUAUAUUUACAGCAUUUAUCCAGAAUGACUUACAGCAGUGCUUUGUAGUCUCCAUGGAAAACACCCUCAUGCUAGUGCAAAUAGGCCACUGUGUAAGAAUAUUAAUCUAAGACCAUGUAACUGAGAAAGUAUAGUACAUAGUAUAGGAUCUAGUGUUUUUUACAGUAGUAAUUUUAUUGCUAAAGUUGCAGGUUAAUGCUUUUAUUCAGUCACUCAGCCCUUCAUUCAAGGAGGAGGAAUGUAUUCCAUCACUUUAGUGCCAAUACGAAAAAAGAGUCUUGAUUUUUGUGACUUCCUUGUAUUUUGAGGGAUGGUGGGUCAAGAUGAGCCAUGCUUCAAGUCAUAUGUUUGAAUUAUAUGUUACUAAGAAGUAUCUUCCAGAUUUAAGAACAAAUACUACUGUACGCUAACCCAAGGGUACAUUACUGAUAGGUCAUGUGAUUUUAUUAAAUCACAAUAUUUUGCCUCCUGGUGUGCUCCUCCCACAAUCCAUGAUUUCUCCAUUUUCUAAAAGAAACAUGCUAUAUAUAAACAAAAGCUACCUGCCUAAUUAUAUACUUAAAUGAUGUGUUAGGUAAUAUUACCUAUCAGGGUAUGUCACUGCUUUACAAAUAUUUAUGAACGGUUAGCAUGUGGAAAUGUAAAUGCUCCAGGUUGUGUUAUGUAUGUACUAAAAUGUUGACAGUGUUGUAAAGAUGGAGGCCCUAUGCUACAUAGAAAUAUGUUGCUAUAUAUAUAUUAACAUUACUCUCAGUUUUGUUAUUGACUAUAAUGCCAGUUCCAAGUUUUCUUUGAAUUUGAAUCAUCAAGGAAAUAAAACCAUAAAAAUAUGAUUCCUGUGAAAGUCAUAUGACGCUUACACUCUCCUCCUCUUUUUAUAAUCUCUCUUUAUGUUAGUUGAAUUAGGGUUAUUUGUAUUGCUUUGGGGAUAAAAAUGUAUUUGUAUCAGACUAACAGAAACAUCUCUCUUUAUAUCAGUUGUACAGUUUAGUUCAAAUCAUUAAGUAUCUAGUUGUAACUAGAGUGAAGUGAAAGGCUACUAAUGAAUAAAUGAGACAAAUGUUUA